UCCCCCCCCUGGAGAGAGGGAGAGAGCCAGAGCCGGUGCCUGUGAUAGCGCGGCCAGCAUGAAGGAGAAGGGGGGGGUGCCCAGCUGGGCAGCCAGGCGUGGGAGUUCAUGAAGUAAACCGGCAGAGAGCCUGGGACUUUUAACCCUUCUGGGGAGGAUGGAAACCUUGCAAAUGCUGAUUCCUCCUGAAGUUGAUGAGAUUGAGAGGAUCUUGAGAAGAAUCCUAGGUAGGAGGAGAUGAUGGAGUGGCCUUUGGCUAGACUUUUCUUGUAUAGCCACAGCAGAACUCUGUGACACAGAGACUGCAUUCUAGGGGGAGGCGAUGGCUCAGAGCCGGGAGAGUGCGGUGAUGUGGAGGUGUGUGAACAGAGACGACAGGUGAGGAGGGUGGUGGUGUUGCCCCUCUGUCUUCGAAGAAGAGGAAGAGGAAGAUGAUCUCUGUUCAAGAGACCCCUUGGCCCCAGGGGAUGAAAUGUGGGGGGGACAGGUGUCCCAAAAGGAGAGGGACUGUGCUCUUUUUGGAACUGGACAAAGUAUCCUUAAAGGGAAAAACCCUAGAAGCAGCUCUGGUCCAUGUGCAGUGGUGAGAGCACUGGACAUGGAAGGAAGAAGUCACGAUGGCAAAAUGUUCUCCGGGCGGUGCCACACGUGACACGGAAACACGAGAAGUUUCGACUGUUUCCUGGGGAAGUCUGUGGUGCAAGGGGGACUUCUCUCUUCUCCAGGAACUGAGAAUGGGUUAUCUAAAGGGUGGUAAUGGAAUUGGAAAUUUGGUGGGGGGAGGAGGAAGAAAUUUGGAAGGUUUUCAUCUUGUGUUCUAUGUGUUCUGUGUGUUUUUCUCUGUAGUUUUAGGUUAAUAAAGUUUUUUUCCUUUUCAACCUCAAGUUGGAGCCUGCUUUGCUCUGUCUCUGAUCACAUCUUACAGUGGAUGCCAGGGAAAGAGGUCACAGAGAGGAAAAGCUAUUUUAGGACUGUGCACUGCCACAGCAAGGACCUUAUCUGCAACUUGGCAUUGCAGCAUAAGCUAAGUGUUGGAUUAUGGAGCAGAAUUUGACAGACCUGCUGGGCAGCGGAGCUUCUGAGGACUUAUUGAUGAGUUACAUCUCACCAACACCUAACUCCUCUGCAGCCUAUGAAUAUGCCUUCUACUACUCAGAACUACACAUCAUCUGUCAUCCUGAAGGUAUUCCAGCAUUUGCAUCUACUUUAUUUCCAGUACUGUACUCAAUACUAUUUGUGGCAGGCCUCAUGGGAAAUGCUUUGGUUGUUUGGAUUCUGACAGUCUCCAUGAAAAUCAAGACCUUGACUGACGUGUAUCUGCUGAAUCUGACUGUCUCUGACCUCUUCUUGGUAUUCUCCCUGCCCUUCUUGGUUCAGUACUCCAUUGUGAGCCAGUGGACUUUUGGAAAUGCACUGUGUAAAAUCAUCAGCUCAGUUUACUUCAUUGGUUUCUACAGCAAUGUCUUCUUCAUAACCAUCAUGAGCUUCGACAGGUACUUGGCCAUAGUCCACUCCCUCCAUGUCCAAGGGAUUCGGACAACUGCCAUUGGGUUUAUCACCAGUCUGGUCGUUUGGGCAGUUGCCAUUUUAGCAUCAAUGCCAGACUUACUUUUUUUCCAGGAAGUGAAUGACAAAAACCAGAUUAAGUGCCUCCCUCACUAUCCUGGUGGCUACUAUGGCUGGAAGACUUUCAGUAAUUUUUUAGUCAACAUCCUGGGGUGGCUAAUCCCUGUCGUUGUCCUCAUUUUCUCCUAUCACAGCAUCUUGAAAAACCUUCAGAAGUGCCAUACCAAGAACAAGUACAAAGCAAUAAAACUGGUUUUUAUUGUUGUCAUUGUGUUCUUUCUCUCCUGGACCCCCGUCAACAUUGUGCUGUUUUUGGACUCUCUGAGGAACAUGUCCAUCAUCAAUGACUGCCAGACAAGCCAAAGGCUAGACCUAGCCAUAGAGCUGACUGAGGCACUCUCCUUUGUCCACUGCUGCCUCAACCCAGUCAUCUAUGCUUUCGUGGGUGAGAAGUUCAAGAAGCAUCUCUGUGUCAUUUUCAAAAAAUCUGCAUGUUUUCUGUCAAACUGCAAAGGCUACGGGGCUUUCAGUGGGCACAGCCUGGACAAGCACUCCUCUCUGCACACAAAGUCCUCACAGUUGUCUUAUGUUGGCACUGUCUUGUAGAACAAGUCCAAAACUAUCAUCCUGGACAGGUGACCUAAAAUUGAGAAAUCCUCAACUGCGCAUCCACAGGCAUGGACUGUUUGAGCAACAUUUUAGGACAUGAAAAAUAGAAGCAGCUGCUUGAUUUUGCUUUUAUUGUGGUUGCUUUUAGAGGUUUUUUUUAGAGUUUUUUUUUUUUUUUGCAUCAUCCUCCCUUACCUGAGGCACAUGCCUGCCUUGCUUACUUUGUGGAAUUACCAGCAGACUCCCACACUGCCAGGCAGCAUGGAGAGGUACCUUAGAAACAUACCAUCCCCCCUUCAGACUGAGUACUGAAAAGAACUGUUUCUGUUUCCAGACCCUGGACAUUUGGCCAUUCCUUCUCUCGUCUCAGCAGAGUGUGAUGGCUUUGUGAGCAGUGAUGGGACCUGCUCCAGGAGUGGGAACCUGCUCUUUGGAGGGAAAUGGGGCCCAAGCUUAAGGUGUCAUGAGACGGCCUGGCUCCCAGUUGACAGAUCUGAACAGUGCUUCCAGCCCCAGAAGAGCUUAGUGAGUGAGUAAUUGGAUAAGCAACCAAUAAAUAAAUGCUGUCCAUGUUUUGGUAAAAUCAAUAUGAAUUAAUAUCUAGGUAAGAUCCUGACUCCCCAUCUGAUACCAGGGCCUGCAGCUUCUUGGCUGGAAGGGUUUGAGGCUGUAGCUCAGCAAUGACGCUGUGAAUGUCAAGGAACAACCCCCUACAGGAAUGAAUGAGUGCUGUAGGAAUGGAUGGAGAAAUUGUUACCAGGAAAAAGGCUGAAGAGUGGAAAAAAUAGUGGGUAUGAGCUGUCACACAUCCCUGUCAGGGGACUUUCUGAACAUUUUUAAACUUUUUGAACUGGUAACUGGUGUGCCAGUGUGGUCACUGCUCUUGAGCAGGCAGCUGGGGUUGACAUUCCAGUUACUGUUCCAACUUGGAAUGACUGGUUUUAUGUAUGUAAAUGGCUACCCAUUUGUAUAGAUAUAUCUAUAUGUAUCUAUAUAUAUAGAGCUAUGUAUAUAUACAUGCAUAUCUAUACUUGCCCAUGUGUGUAUAUAUACAAAAAUACACACCCAUAUACCCAUAUAUAUACAUAUAUGUACUUUUAUAUGUGCAAAUACUGUUAGAUAAAUGCAAUGCUUUUCUAAAGCUUUUUGUUCUCUUCUAUUUGUCCCUACAAGAUAUCACCAUAUUUCAAGUUUC